AUGGCUGAGGAGCUCGCAGCGUCGCCCUUCGCGAGCAGCAGCACCACAUUGCGUCGCCCACGAGCACCAUUAUCCUCUUUCUCCCGGCGUNCCACCACUUCCUCCGGCGAGUUCAUCCGCAGCAGCUGCGAUACCACCCUCUACCCCGACCUCUGCUUCCACUCCCUCUCCGCCUAUGCCGGCGCCGUCCAGAAUGACCCCGCCCGCCUCGCCGCUGUUGCCAUCGGCGUCAGCCUGUCAAGCGCCGCCCGCACGACGGCCUUCCUGUCCAACCUCACUCGCCAGGCCGACUACAUAGACAACCCACGGGCAGCCUCCGCCCUCCGAGACUGCCUCUCGGUUUUCAGGGACGCCAUGGACCAGAUACGGGACUCCCUCCGGCAGAUGCGGAACCUUACGGGGACCGGCGAGCAGCUGAUGUUCCAGGUCAGCAACGUGCAGACGUGGAUGAGCGCAGCCCUCACUAACGAGGACACGUGCACGGAUGGGUUUGAUGACGUGGGAGACUGCCCCGUGAAGGCGAAUGUGAGCGACCGGGCAGUGUGGGUGAGGGAGGUCACCAGCAAUGCGCUGGCGCUGGUGAACUGUUUCGCUGCUAAGGUGACGGGCCCGUGA